CGUGACGGCUCCCCUCUGCUCCGCUCCCCAGGGAUGGAUUUCCACAAGGAGCUGCGCCGGCUCGAGGCCGAGGAGGGGCUGACGGGCAGGAAGCUGCAGAAGGCCCUGGAGAGCUUCGCCUGGAACAUCACGGUGCUGAAGGGCCAGGCAGAUCUCCUGAAGCAGGCCAAGGCGGAGGCUCUGGACAACCUGUGGCAGAUCCACAACGCGGGGCAGUCGUGUGGGAUCGGCAGGAACGGCUCUGCCUCCCCCGAGCUCGGCCGGGCCCGGACCCCGCUGGAGCCCAUCUCAGAGACAGAAGGAGGCAGUGACACCGGGUCCUGCUGACCGCGAGGCAGGGCGUGGGGGCCAGGACUGAGCCCGCGGCCCCUCCAUCGCCCGGGGCCCCCAGCGCUCCUGCCACGGACCCAGGAUUGUACGGGCACCGGCCCCAGAACGCCCGGGCCUUUGGCCGUGCGUCUGGGAGACAGGAGCCCAGCCGGGGUGGGGGCUGCACGGCCCGUCCCGGGGCGAUCCAGGCGGGUGAUUCGGGUGGGGGUGGGGUUAGCGCUCUGCCUGGCCCUGGGCUGCGCCCUCGGGCUGGGCUGGGGGGUCGUUUCAGGCAGGGAUUGGGCUCGGGAAUGUGUAGUGGGGACCUGCAGGAAUCUGCUCUGGGACGAGGCGCUGGGAGUGAGGGGGGGGUCAGGCCGGAUCCAGCCUGUGUCUCUCCGUCACACUGGGGCCCUGAGCCCCCAGAGCCUCCCCACAGCCCGGGCCCUGCUCCGACUGCGCUCACUGAAGGAGCGUCUCUGUCCUGCUGCGUGUGGCUGGGCCGGGGGGGGGGGGAAGGGGAGUGGGGGGGCUGGCGUGCUCUGAGCGGUUAGGUCGACAUAGCUGCAGUGCUGAGCUGUGAAAAAUCCCCCCCUCCCCGGGCUGCAGCUGCCCCCCCCCUGCAGUGCAGAUGCAGCUGGGUGGUCCCGUCGUGGGGGGAGUUGGAACCCCUGUCGGGGGGCAUCGGCUGCGUCUGCCCUGCGGGGUUCGGCCAGCGCGUUCCAGGGCAUCGCUGGGCACCCAGCGUGCUGACGUGGGGGUCUCCGAGAGGGGCUCACGCCUGGUCCCGGCUCACCACCAGCUUGCCAACCCGCCGCUGAGCUGCCCUGGGGCUGGGCGGGGCCAUGAAGGUUCCUACUUAACCCCUCCCCCCCCCCGCAGCCCAGCCCUAGACAACGCUCCUGGAUGGGGUUCGGGGGCCAGGAACUCACCAGCUGUGCCCUAGCUCAUGGGCUGCCUCCCUGGCCCCACCUGGGGGUCAGGGCCCAGGGCGGAGCUGGUGAGUGCAGCCUGGAGCAGGGGCCUGGCCAUGGGGCUGGGCAGGGAACUGCCCCAGGGGGUCGGGCGCCAUUACCAGGGUUCUGCUGGGGGGACUCCGGCGGCAGGAUCGAGUCACAGAGCAAUAGGGGGCUGCCCGGCGCGGCGCGAGCCGAGAAACCAGCGCUGAGCCGGGCGGGGUUUCCGCACAGGCAGCAGAAGCUGGGGGCAACCCCCCCCCGCCAUGUUUUCAGAGCAGGGUCAAAGCUGCGGCGUUAUAAAGAGCAAACCCCAAGCUGGUGCAGCGGCUGCUGUUUGUCUGAGGGGCGGGGGCUGGCUGCACUCCCGAGAUGGGCAGCCGCAGCUGGGUCCGGGGAGCUCAGCAAAUCUGGCCCUUCGCCGUCAGGAGCCAAGCUGGGCCUGGCAUGGGGCACCCCUGGGGCACAGGCUGUACGUGCCCCCCCCCCCCCCCGGCGGGAGGAGGACCCUCGCUGCUCCUGUGGUGACCGUGUGAUGCCCGGGAAGGAGGCAGCGGCUGGAGCAGCCGGAGGCGCAGCCAGUCGCUGCUGGGACUCGGCCUGCCUGGGCUCCCGGCCCCGCUCUCUGGCCAGGUCGGAGUGCCAGGUGCUCGCCCCCAGCGCCGCCCGCGGGUGGGGCUCCUGCCAGCUGGGCGGCUUUGCUGGUGACAAACCCUGGCCCGUUGCCUUGGCGAUUUGCCCACAGUCGUCUCCUGCCCUUGGUGUUCUCCCCAGUUCCCGCAGGGGUGAUGGGGAGGCCCUGGUCAUGGACCCUCAGGGGAUGUCUCUGCCCCCUGCCCAGUCCUCUGCAGGGCACAGUCCGUCAGGGCUUAUUUCUCACCGUGCCAGACUCCAGCUAGGGCCCCUGCUCCCGGCAGCCGUGCACCCCCCGGUGCCCCCACUGCGACGGCCCCUAAUCAGCCGGACGCCUCCCGCCAAAGCCCCCUGCAGCCCCGCCUGUGGGGCCAGCUCAGGGCUAGUGGAAGUAGGUGCGUCCCGCGCUGAUCUUCCUGCCGUUAGCUGGGGCCGGGCCAGGGGAGCGCUUGGCCUCCAGGGAGGGCCCGGCCCCACAAGGAAAUUGCUUCCGCCAGCACUGGGUGGCUCCUAGGGACCCAGGCGGCCUGGGACGCUGUCAAUAGCUGGGGGCUGGGCCAGCGCCCUGGGGACGGUGCCUAGUGCCGCGGGAAAACGGCGUGUUUCACCCCUGAGCUGUGGCCACGGGCCGGGGGUGGCUUGGCCAUGGCUGAGCACUGGCCUGUGGCCAGGCAGGGCUGGGGGAGCUGUGCAAGGGGUGGGUGCAGAGGGGGGCCACGUGUCCCACUAGUGACCCCUCCUGGCUGAGGCAGGAGCAGUGGGGAGCCCCCACCCUGCCAUGGCCCAUCUGGAUGCAGCGGGGAUGCCUGGAGAGGGGGAAAACGGGCUUGCCCCAUGCCAUGGGACUGAGCAGCCUGUCCCUGGGGGCACCCCCCGCACCGCCCCCCAAGUGCCAUCCAACUUGCAGCAAGGUGUCCAUGGCUGGGCACAGAUGCCAGCCUGGGGGUGGCAGCGCGGAGGUUCUUGGCCUGAGCUGUGGCUGCCUCUCCCAGGCCAUGGGGCCUGACCCACAGACAGGGUGAGGACUGAAAGGGCCCCAGGGCUGAGCAGGGGCCUCCUUUGGGGCUGGAAAUGGGGGGUGCUGCCCCUGGCUUGGAGAAGUAAUAGCUCAAAUCUGGGGUUUCCGUCACCAGUGCCCCCCCCCAUAAAACAUGUUCCAACGUCCCUGGGGGGCGGAUUCUCCCCCCGCGCUCUCCGCCUGCAGGGCCUGGCUCUCCAGGGGCUCGGAGGUGCACCGUGCCACGGACACGUGUGGCCACGCCGGCGCCUCUGAUGUGCCAGGGACGGAUGCGGCUCGGCUGCCAGACCCCCUUUGUUGGGGCCGGGUAAUUAGCCUAAUGGGGCCCAGUCUCCCCCUCCUCCCCGCUGCUGACCUUCCGGCAGCUUUGUGCCGUGCGGGCCGGCGGAUUCCUUCGGAAGUUACAGGCUCAUUAGCGCCAGGCGACGCGGCCUGUCUCCAUCCCGCACGACCACCAGCCACUCGGCUCCGGCCGCCGCAUAAUGGGGAGCCACAAAUGAGGGAACGGGCCUCGCCCGUCUCCAAGCAACGGGGGACAAUGGGUGCGUGUCUCCCAGAGACUGGCCUGUCCUGCAGCCCCAGCCCCACUGCUGCCAGCACCGUUGUGCGGGGGCUGGGGAGGGCAGGGGAUGAGUUUCGGGGCAGCCUGGCCCUAUAAAAGCCUGGGCUGCCGGGGAGAGCGGCUCAGGGCGUAGCUGCUCCUCACCGGGUCAUGCCCAAGCUUCGCUCAGGUCCUCGCAGACACCUCGGACCCAUGGAGGUGCCCAACGCCAAGGUACGGCGCCAGGGCCUGGCCACCAGGGCUGGGCUGGGCAGAAGAGAGGCCGCAGUGCAGGGAGGUCUCGCGCCAGCAAGGGCACAGUUGGGAAGGGGCAGGCGCGCAGCACGAGGGGGAGGCGAGCACAGUGACUGGGGGUCGCGCGAUGGUGGCCUUGAACCCCAGGCUGGCGUGUCUCCCUGCCCCAUGUGCCCUCCUGGUGAGCAGCUCUGGGGAGGAGCCCAGCCUGUCCUGCCCUCAGGGGACGCAGGCCGGGGUGCAAAUGGCAUCUGCUUUGUCCAUUCCCGGUGUCUCUCCUGAUCCCAGGGGGGUCCCAGAACCCACCGAGACGCCCCCUCCCCUGCCCCACGAGCCCUGGAGCCAGCCUGCUGGGCCGCGUAGGACACUGGGGAGGCAAAGACCUGCUAGGGCUGCACGCUGGGCCCAGGUCUGUCCCGCCUGGCGCCUGUGGCCCAAACCACCCUGGCCUUGCGUCCGCUGCGUGAACCGCUCCCCACUCAGCACCGUGGUGCGUUGCACGAGCAUUGCACGGGGUCAGUGGUCUGGCUGAGUGCCAGGUGUCGCAGAACCGAGUCCCGCUCAGUGUUAAAGGGAGACCCAGCAGCUGUUAUAUUUAACCCCUUCCCGACCCUGCCCGGGUGCAGCCUGACCCUGCCGGCCACGCCCGAAACGGGGUGAGCUUCCCACCCGCCCCAGACCCGCCUCACCCCGGAGGGCUCCCUGGGGGCAGCUUGGUCUCCAUGACGCACCCUCUGCCAGCCAGGGGGCCAAUUAGCACUAAUUGCAGCCGCGGCUGUUUCUCCUGCAUGGAAAGGGGCGGGGGCUGCAGUGUUGCCAUGGGGUGAGAGGCAGGGGACAGUGUGUGCCUGAUCCCUUUGUCUUGGAUUUUGGAGCAGGUUGCUAGGGCCUGUGCAAAGGGCGUGUGACAGGCAGGACUCCUGGGUUCUGGGAGGGCAGUGGGGGCUAGUGGUUAGGGGCAGGGGCUCAGGACUCCUGGGUUCUAGUCCUGCCAUGGGAGGGUCGUGCAGCCCAGCUGGUGCAGAGGGGUGUGGUGAGGUGUGAAGCCGGCUGGGGGGUGGCUAUGGUAGACUGGGGCGUGCUGGGUCUUUUAGGGGAAGCGUUGGCUGAGGGUUCACAGUGGGGCAGGGCAGGGAGGUGGCGCCCACAUGAGGUUUGCUGGGAGAGGGUGGGGCUGGGCCUGCGAGGUGUGUGGGGUUAGCUGGGGGAGCUUGUUGGGGCCCCCCCCGCAGGCUGGGCCAGACCGGUCGCUGGGCACCACCCAACCUGUCACUAGUGGGGUCAGGGUCACUAGUGGGAACCGGGCAGCCCAGCACUGCAGGGCGUCUUGCUGGAGCUGUCAGAGCCAGGAUGCCAAGCUAGAUGGGCCCCUGGGCUGAGCCCGUCUGGCAGCUCCUGGGGGUGGGGGCGGGGACUUUGCAGCUGGGCUCUGAUAUCCGCAGCCUGGGGCAGAGGGGGGCUGAGGCGUCUCUGGGUUUAACCCCAUCAAUGCCAGCCUGUCCCUGCACUAAUGCCUGCCUCUUGCGCCCGCAGCUCCACAGGGCCUGCUGCCUCCUGGUCCUGGCGCUGCUCUGCUCUCUGGCUGCGGCCCGGCAGAGCGUGCCCACGUGCUGCCUCCAGAAGACCUGCCCCUGCCGUGUCUACGACCUGCUGCACGGCUUGGGCAACCACGCCGCCGGCAUCCUCACCCUGGGCAAGAGAAAGAGCGGCUCGCAGGCCUUCCAGAGCCAGCUCUACCGUCUGCUGCACGGCUCGGGCAAGCACGCCGCCGGCAUCCUCACCAUGGGCAAGCGGGCGGAGCUGGCGCCAGAGCAGCCAGCCUCGGCCUGCCGGGCCGUCUCCCCCCGGCCCUCCAGCGCGGACGCCCUGCUGCCCCCAGCCACGUGUGCGGCCAACACCGCCCCCGCCAGCACCAGGGAGUGCCGGGGCCAGCUGGACAAGGACUCUGCCACGGGCCAGAGCGGGGCGGCUGCAAAGAGCUUUUCCUGAAGUGUCCGGGGGAGCAGCAGCCCGUGGGGGCAGGGGGGAUCCACGGGGAGACUGCGGGCACCACGGGUCGUUUACAAAUAAACCCCAGCCUGAGGCUCACCACUGUCUGCCUGGCAUGUUGUCUCCCAGGAACAGCGCGGCUCGUGGGGAGAGAUGGGGUGCCCGGGGACCAGCGGCCAGCUGCUGUCACACGGGUGUGAGUAGCCCAGGUUUGAGCCCCGCUGCCUGGGCUGGAGCGAAGGGAGGAGGUGCGGGGACCACCCUGAGUGGGGCGAGCUCAGCUCAUGGCAGCUCCCCCGGCGGUGGGGGGAGGGGGGACUGCUGCAGGAGCCCAUGGCUAAGGGGAGGGUCUCUCGAGAAAGACCGAAGGAGCCUAGGAGCCGGGCUGCGCUCACAGGGAACUGGCCCCCAUGGCCGGCAGGCCGAGCGCUGGGCAAGGCCAGGCCGGCCUGGGAAUGGGCGAGCUGGCUGCACGGGCCUGGCUGGGACGGCUUCGGCCUGAGCCCCGAGCACCCCGCGUUCACACUGCAGGCACGGGGCGCGGUUCUCCCACUAGCCGGCAGCAGGGCUGUGGCUGGGGUUCCCGGGCUGGUGGUCCGUGGCUGGCACCAUCUGAUUUAUGUAGCAGAUGCUCCGAUCUAUUGCUCGGUGUCUGAACACA